AUGAGUACAAGUCAUUCAUCUUUAUUGCCAGCUAUUGAUAAUCGAUUUGAUUUUGAAUGGUCACCUGUUUAUACACGUUUAACUGAACCAAUUUUUGAUUGGAAUCGUUUUCGUCGUAGUCAACUUCAAUUUAAAUUGGCUGAAAGUUUACAUCAUAGUCGUGUUUAUGAUCGAUGCAAUUGUUCUAUGGUAACAUCUUUAAAUGAUUCUUCUCUUUGUCCUGCUCAUGCUGCUAAUCAAUUUUCUCAAGUUAAAAUUGAUGGUUCAAUAUUACCAAUAUCAUCAUGUCCAUGUAUGUUUUGUCGAAAACAUUUUAAUGAAAAAGAACGUCCUCAAGGAUUACCAUCAAUAGAAAAUCUUAAACAACUUUUUCCAACAAGAGGUUUUAUUAAUUCAAAUAUUUCACCACCAACAAUGAAAUAUUUAUCUCGACCAUUUACUGUACCUGUUUUUCAAGCUACUUUUCCACUUGAUCAUACAUUUGCUACACGUUAUAUACCAACAUAUAAACGUAUAUCACGACCAAAUGGUUUAAAAGAAGAAAUAUUUGAUGUUCAAGAAACAAUUAUAUCAAAAUCAUCUAUACCAACAAAACUUGGUAUGCGUCUAGAUGCUGAACCUGAUCAUGAUCAUACACAAGUGUUAAAUCUUCCACGUGAACGUGAUUCAUUUUUUCGUAGUUUAGAUGAUUAUUUUAAUAUGGCACCUGGCGUUCGUCCAACUACGAUUUCAUAA